CAUCCGAUACUAUUAAACUAAUAGUAAAAGGGGGGAAAAAUCGAUUUUUUUAACACACUAAAUUUCUCCAUUUCAAUUCGCUUUCAAACCCGCCAUUUGAAAGACCAAUUAGCAUUGUUGUAUUGAAAUAGAAACGCAUACAUAUUAUUUUCUUGCUCAAGCAAGAGCCAUUUGACAGCUGUUUACGAUGUUUAUUGUAGAGCGAUGCAGGGUGAAUACUGCUCGUCCACAUUCAACGUGAAAAAAAAUCAACUUUCUGAUCAUUGCAAGCGGAGACGAUCGUGUGUCGGGGAAAAUAUAUUAGGAUCACUUACAGCAGUGCUCUAACGGGGAAAACCCCAUUCCGUGGUAUAUAGUGGUAAAAGGUAGCAUACAUUAAGUGCCACAAAACGGGGUGGGAAAAAAAUAUUCGAAUCGAUUUUUCUUUGCCCCUGUGUGUAAAGCGUUUACCGCGACCUAAUUACUUUCCAUUUGCCGACGUUCAGUUGGCUAGUUUUCCACCAACAAUUUUCCACCACACUGCUCGUGCAUGGUAUAGAAGGGACCAACAUGUUUUACGUCGUUUGAGUGCUUUUUGGUGGUUGAAAUAUUAUGCAAUAAUUAUAUUCGUGUUUGAUGAGCUGCAGUAACAAUCAUUAGAUGCGUCCAACAAUGCAGCAAACCGUGCAAUAAACAACUACUCGCCAUCAACAUUUCUUCCAAAAAAAAACGCAAAAGAUACGCCGUAUCCACCACAAUGUAUUGCACCAACGAUGGCAAACAACCGCACACGGGUUCGAUUGGCGAGUCGAAAACGCACGCGGUCAACAGUCAACUGCAUUCGCACGAUCUGUACGGCGACAAGGAAGCGGAGCUACACUUUUGGGAAGGCCAGUCUGGGAUGAAUCAAAACACAACCCCGGUCAGUACCGUGCUGCAUUCACCGGAACCUACGACGGCGGAACAUGAACCGAAGAUUCGCUUCCAGCAGCGUCACCAGAUCCAAGUAGGUCGGAGUCCUGUUGGUAGCGGUGGUCACAAUGGGAGUAGCGAUUCGACCACCGCGUCUAGCCCGGUACUGUUACCACAAUGCCAUCAUUCAUCGACCAAUGCAGCAGCCAACAUCGUCGUCAUGCCGGCUGGAUCGCACGUAUACUCAACCCAGUCGAUUCUUUCCGAUGGGGAAAUUGUUGUUUUCGACGAUAUCGAACCGAACUGGCCAUCGAGCGGUGUGCACGGUUCGGAAAUGUCCAUCUUAGUCGGUGGAAGCACACCAAACAAAGAAACGCACACAGAAACAUCUACAAAGAUGCAGACGAUUAUAGGCGGGUUAACGAUUGCCGAGUACGAGGGUUCACCGCGACGGUUUGGCACAAUCUAUUCCAACAACUAUUCCACACCGGAUGGCACGAUACGUCCCGGUAGCAACAGUUUCCCACGGCCUGGGUUUCCAAAGCGUGUCGAACCGAUCGCACCGGAUGAGGGCCGGCCACGACUGAACGAGUUGGGAAAGAACAACGAGGCGAGCUUUUACAAUAAGACCAAUACGAUGGGUGGGAACGACAUGAAUUUUCAAGUAGAUACCAAAUAUUACAACUGCAAACAGCACGUGGCUUUAGACGAGGAUAUAAUGCCAGCAGGUAGUAGCAUUUUAAAACCCCACAGUUUUGUUUUAUCGCCAGAAACAGACUACCGACCGGGAUGCUUUGCAAGAGGCAAAAAUGUUGGAGUAAACGUUAAAACGGACACAAAAGAAACCGUUCUCAAUGAACCGUGCGUAGAGUAUGAGGAUAUGUGCAAUAGUAUGCCGAUACUGGAGGAUGGUCUAUCGAGCGGCCAUGCAUCCGACUCGGAAGGUAACACCGUUACGAACAGCUGCGAUGGUGAUGCGACCGGCACGCUAGGGAUGCAUAUGAUGCGUCACGACCAACACUAUCACCAACAGCACGGUAACGAUGAUGGAUCGUACGAUGGUGCCGAUAUGCCGAACGGACGCGAUUGUCUAGCGAACGAUAUACGGGAAGCGCUAAACGAUAUCAAAUCUACGCUGCAAAACACGAAAACGCUACCGGUGGAUGAGCGGCGUGAUAAUGUGGACCAAGUGGGUGAAACUUUCGCCCAGUACGGUGAUGAUUCGCCUGUCUGGGUGCUCAGAACGAUGGAUAGACCUCCGGAACAGGAAACCCCUUCCGGUUCGAAUCCAUCCGAUCGGCACGUAAAUGUGACCGAGUUGGAAGAGGAAACGGAUACCGAUUUGGAGACUGAUAGAUUGCUUGGUCACCAGCAGAACGUUACGGAGCAGAAUUAUUACGAUCGUAGUAGUUCCACAGAGAUUGGUGGGUUUUCGAAACCUAUCUCACCAAAUUCAGCCUCAUUAGCAAAGCUAAAACGCUACCAGACCGCCAUCAGGACCGACAGUGAAAUUUACGUUCCUAGCGAUAUUACAUUAGAAAAUUUUCCGGAAAUUGAAAGCAAAGGAAGGCAUAAAACUCGAGAAGGUCUACUGGAUCCGGCAGUGCUGAUUGAAGGUGUUUUGUUCCGGGCGAGAUAUCUAGGCUCAACGCAGCUAGUGUGCGAAGGCCAACCGACCAAAUCAACGCGGAUGAUGCAGGCGGAAGAAGCGGUGUCCCGGAUUAAAGCACCGGCGGGAGAGUCACAACCAAGCACGGAGGUGGAUUUGUUUAUUUCGACAGAAAAAAUCAUGGUGCUGAACACGGAUCUGAAGGAGAUUAUGAUGGACCACGCACUGAGGACGAUCUCCUACAUUGCGGACAUUGGCCAGCUGGUGGUGCUGAUGGCCCGGAGACGAUUCGUUGCCACCGGCAGUACCGUACCGGAAGCGACGGACGAUGCAGGGAACGCACCCGUGCCGGAUGCCGAUGCCGUACCGCCCAAUACGGACAGUCCGAAGAAGCGCAGCGGUAACCGGACACCGAAGAUGAUCUGCCACGUGUUCGAAAGCGAGGAAGCACAAUUCAUUGCCCAGAGCAUCGGUCAAGCAUUUCAGGUCGCGUACAUGGAGUUCCUGAAGGCGAACGGAAUUGAAGAUCACAGCUUUAUGAAGGAGCUCGACUAUCAGGAGGUGCUGAACAGUCAGGAAAUCUUCGGCGACGAGUUGGAGAUUUUCGCGAAGAAGGAACUACAGAAGGAGGUGGUGGUGCCGAAGGCGAAGGGCGAAAUUCUCGGCGUGGUGAUCGUCGAGUCCGGCUGGGGUUCGAUGCUGCCGACCGUGGUAAUUGCGAACCUGGCGUCUUCCGGUGCGGCCGCCCGUUGCGGACAGCUGAACAUCGGCGAUCAGAUCAUCGCCAUUAACGGACUGAGCCUGGUCGGGUUACCGCUGUCCACCUGUCAGGGCUACAUCAAGAACACAAAGAACCAAACCGUGGUAAAGUUUACCGUCGUCCCGUGCGCCCCAGUUGUGGAGGUGAAGAUCAAGCGACCAAACACGAAGUAUCAGCUUGGCUUUAGCGUACAGAAUGGUGUGAUUUGCAGCCUGCUGCGUGGAGGAAUUGCAGAACGGGGCGGUGUUCGUGUAGGCCAUCGAAUCAUCGAAAUCAAUAACCAAAGUGUCGUUGCAGUACCACACGAAAAGAUAGUAAAUCUACUCGCCACAUCCAUCGGGGAGAUACUGAUGAAAACAAUGCCGACGUCUAUGUUUCGAUUGCUCACUGGACAGGAAAAUCCCAUCUACAUUUAGGAAGAAAUUGAAAUGUGUACGAAUACUGGUUUGUAGGACAAUUAUCCGCGAUUCAAGAAAACAAAUUAGGAUCAAUUUCGCUGUUACCCACUAUUGCUGAUGGCACCUAUUCUUACAUAAUGGGAGCAACAUUGUUAAAUCUUCUUGUUCAUUAAAAUAAAGAAACAAAACCACAAA